AUACAAAAGAGAUAUAUGGAGUGAUUCCAUAUAUUGCACCUGAGAUAUUUAUUAGAGAAAAAUAUACGACAGUAUCAGAUAUUUACAGUUUUGGAAUGAUUAUGUGGGAAAUGACAACUGGCCAAAAGCCUUUUUAUGAUCGUAAUCAUGAUGAAUAUCUUAUUCUUGAUAUUCUUAAUG